AAGGUUUUGUUUAUCUAAAGAUUUGACAGAAAACAGUUGGUUGGUUGAUUGAUUGUUCUGUUAAUUCCCCGCCAUCUUUAUUACGUAAUUGCAUCGUUUUAUGAAAGGACUUAUGGUCAGGAAAUCCAGUUAGAAUUUCGAAUCGCAAAUGAUAAGUUGACGAAUAGACCGAAUUUAAGCGAGUUGGAGUCCUGUUGCAGCUCAAUUGAAUUUCCUAUUGUUCGCGGAAGCCUUUGUCCGGUUAGGGGUGUUUGGUCGAAUUGGUGAGAAUUAAGAUAUAAUUAACGCCGCGUGAUCUCAUUUGGGUUCUCGCCUGCGUGUGUAGGUUAAGAAGGGUUUCCGAAAGCUACUAAAGUUUGAAGGGUACUGCAGGAUUCCUAUCAAGGGGAACCAGUACUCCAAACUCCAAUGGGAAAUUGUGUGGCUAGGGUGAGUCUUUCAAACAUAUUGCAUGUUCUCCAAUCUUCCAUGGGAAUUUGCACGAAUAGGGACCAAGAUGAUUCAGAUCAUGCUGUAAACUUUGCUAGUGGAAAUGUACAUCUUAUAACUACCAAAGAAGGUUGGGAUGAAAAGAUAUCAGAAGCAAAUAAGGAUGGCAAGUUUGUUGUGGUGAACUUCAGUGCGUCAUGGUGUGGUCCUUGCAGAAUGAUUGCACCACUCUACAGUGAGCUUUCUGAGAAACACCCUACGCUCAUGUUUCUAACUGUCGAUGUUGAUGAGCUAACUGAAUUCAGCUCUUCAUGGGAUAUCCGAGCCACUCCAACCUUUUUCGUCCUUAGAGAUGGGCAGCAGGUCGACAAACUUGUGGGUGCCAACAAGCCAGAGCUACAGAAGAAGAUAAUGAACAUUGCCGAUUCAGUAGCCCAGGGUUCUAAAUGAUUGCUCAUUGCUUUUUCUGUGAGUAUUUAUAAACUACAUGGCUUGUCUUGUAAAUUUGUUUUUUUUUUUUUUUUCUCCUUUCAUUUUCACACCCUCAUGUCUAAAGUAUGUCAUAUCUUCUUUUGUAAAAUCAGUUGAAUCAUGAGAUGAACCCUGUAAUUUUUUGAGAACCUGUGAUGGAAUUGAGGCACUCUCUCUCUCUCUC